CGAAAUAAUGACUUAACAUCUCGUAAUAAUGAGAAACUUUCUCGAAAUAAUGACUUAACAUCUCAUAAUAACGAGAAACUUUCUCGUAAUUAUGACUUAAUCCACGCAUGCGCAAUGUGCAUUGUGCACAUCCAUUCAGCAAGCGACUGAAGCGAGGCGUGCUGCAUAUCAUGAAGGACUGUUUUGAAUGUAAGUAUGCCUGUAUAACAACAGCUGAACACUUUUUAAAAGUAAUUGUAGGCCAAGUUAGAACGUUGCAUAUCAUAUACGUUUGCAUGGUUUAACGAUUGGUUGCAUGAACACAAGAAGGGCCUGGUUGUGAUUCGCGUAGUUGUCAUUCUCAUUGGUAGAUAAAUGGUAGAUUAAUAAGUUGGCUAAAUCUCUUUGAUUAUGUCAUGUUUAUUAAUUAUCGAACACUAAACACGCAAGUGAAAUGUGAGAUGAAAUACUGCUAGGUUUGAAUCGCGCGGCGCGAGCUAACUAUAUGAGCAUGUUUUCACCUGCAGAGCAGGUGCGUUUUAUCAUGGAAUGUAGGCUAAUCAACAGCAUAGUGUAGAACCAAACAUUUUAAACACUGCCCGAACUAAGGGACUGUCCCUAAACUCGAUAAAGACCCCAAUGAGGCAGUGUUGAAGCAAGUUCAAAACAGCCCUAUUCUAAACAACGUUUUCAUAGAAAACAGGACAAAACAUCUUAAAUGUACACAUCACCAGCAAUACAAAACUGACCAUGAGUUUACUGUAGUAACUAUGGUUUUGAUAUACUCAUAAUGGGUGUCUGUGUGUGUUCUUUAAAUACAAUACUGGUAAUCAAACUUGUCAUGUGGGUAAAGGCCUAGAGAGGAUAAAAACAUAUGUAUGUCUACAGGAUGGAUGAUCUAAUUGAGUUUCUGCGAAUGAGGAAUGUUCCAGAGGAAACUGUUGAGAAACUGGAACAAGAAAAGAUUGAUGCCAGUGUCAUCGAACUAAUGACAGAUGAACAGCUAAAGACAUACUUUCCAUCAUAUGGUGAUCGUUUGGCCAUUUUGGGAUUUUGCAGACAGAAAGCCAGUAACAGGAAUGAUCCCAAUAAAAGGAAAUCAAAACUUUUUGAGCGAUUGAAAUCUAAAAUAUCCAAAAAAUCGAAGUAUGAUGAUUCUGCCACAACAAGUCAACAACACACAGCAAAGAAUGCUCAGAAGACUAUGAGAAAGGUAGAAUUAGGAUGGAUGAAUUACGAUACAGAAAAUGAAGCCUUUAAACUAGUGAGAACAAGAAGGGGUGGUGGCACACGAAAAGUUGAUGUAUCAAAAGAAUCCAAGAAAUCUGAUUUGAUUCAGCAAGCAGUCAAGCUGUUUUUUGCAGAUGGAAAAAGCCCUGAGGGAGACAUCACUGAGUUUGAAGUAGAUUUAAAGGAUUACAAAGAAAUGUCUAUUGAUGAAGACAUUACAGUUGGAAAACUGUAUGCAGACACCAGGUUGCCACUUUUACGGUUCUACCUCACAACAAAGAAGAGAAGUAACUCUGGCUCACAUAUGCAACAGGAAAUAGAUGUGGCUCUCACUACACAAGAACUGAACAGUUCCCCAACAAAAAUGCCAGCUGAAAGAUCAGGAAAUACAGAUAACACAGAUGUGGUUUACAUAGGGAGCAACAUGGAACCAGAGAUGCCUUUCCUUUAUUCAACAGAGAUAAUUUCCUCCACCCUAGAUGAGAAUGCUUUGGAUGACAGCAACACUGUCACAUUUGACACUGGAGACACUGGAGACAUUUUUAAUGUGGAUGAUCAAAUUUUGGAUGAUACAUUACCUCUCUCACCUCUGAACACUAUUGCACAUAGUGAACAAAUAAAAAGGAUCUUAGUUGUCCACCGUGGUCAUGUCCUCCCAGAACUCAUUGCUCAUUUUUUGGAUGAAAGCAUGUUAGGGUGUGAGAUAAAGAUUCAAAUUAUUGCACCAGAUGGAAAACUUGAGAGGGGCCAUGAUGAAGGAGGAGUUGUGAGAGACUGUCUUUCUGAGUUCUGGAAUGAGUUUUAUGAACAGUGCACUAUGGGCAGCUCUUUCAAGGUGCCUUUCCUUCAGCAUGAUUUUGGACAAAUGCACUGGGAAAGUGUAGGCCGUAUAAUUGCCUUUGGAUGGAAAAAGGAAAAGUACCUUCCUGUGAAAAUAGCUCCAGUAAUCUUGGAGCAGGCCGCUUUUGGAAGUGCGAAAAGCGAUGUCAUUGAGAAUUUCCUGAAAUUUGUUCCAGAAUCAGAACAAGCAUUCUUUGAAGCCUGGCGAUCUGACUUCACCACUGUUGACAAAGAAGAACUGCUUGAGGUUUUGGAUGGCCAUAGCUGUCGUAAAACUCCAACAGAGAACAAUGCAGAGGAAAUCUUACAAGAACUUGCCCACAAAAAACUGAUUCAAGAGCCUGCCUUUGUCAUUGAGCAGUGGGCAAACAUGCUUUCCACUGCCAUCAGUCAUCUUGAUGAAAUUUCCUCUGUGUAUGAAAACUUGCAGCCCACUGUGAGAAAGGUUUUGAGGGCUCUUUCUUUCCCAGAGAACAUGAAUACCCAGCAGAGGGAGAUUCAAAGGUAUUUAACCGCUUACCUUAGGGAAUCUGGCACACAAGGUCUGUCUCGGUUUCUUAGAUUCUGCACUGGUUCGGAUCUUUUUUUGGGAAAAACUAUCGUCAUUAACUUCACACAGGUUCAAGGCUUCCAACGACGCCCAGUUGCACACACUUGUGGUUGUGUCUUGGAGCUGUCAGUUUUCUAUGACAGUUAUCCUGAUUUCAGAUCCGAAAUUAACAAAGUCUUAGAGUGCAAUGUGUGGGUGAUGGACUUUAUCUAAUUAAUGAAUUAGAAAAGACUACUGCUUGUAAAUGUAAGACUGUAGUCUUUGUGAAUUCACAUUAUGUACCACCAUAAAAGUUGUCUUGCCUUAUGCACUAUUUGUUUUAAAAUGUUGUUUCUGAAUUGUUUGAAAGUACAUGCAUCUGUACUGUUCAUUUGAAAAAAGGUUUAAAGAGUUUUGUAACUAUUAUAACGUGGCAAUGUUAUUGUCAGUUGUAAGACUGUUUGCAGUUGCUGCUCACUGAUGAGCAUUUCCUUUACUUAUAUGAUGUCUUACAGAUAUACAAAUAUUGCACAAUUUCAGUGCAAAGAUAUGGAUGUUUUUUUUUCUUUGACCCAGUAGCACUACAUCCAAACCUGUUUUAGCGUUGCUGUUUUUAUAGCGUUACUGUAAGUUGAAAAUUUGUUUGACUACAGUGAGCAUUGCUUUCCUUUUAGUAUGUUAUGUCUUAAGGAUAUGUUGCAAUGCAAAUAUAUGUUGUGCUGUUUUCCAACAGUACACACCCAAUCCUUUUUCAUGAAUACUGUAACCAUAAACUUUACACUUUUUUUUUUUUUUUUGGUUAUAGAAUUGCCUGCUUGCUUUGCUUAUGCAGCACAAAACCCAUACAGCAUUUUUUUAUUUUUUUUAUUUUGAACAUUAGUAGGCCUGCCUUUUCAUUUCAAUUAUGUGUUCCACAGAAUUAAAAAUUUUAUGUAAAGGUUGACACCAAUAAAGUGAAAUACAUUGUACAAGUCAAA